UGCAUUUACAUAUUAGUUUUCACCCCUCUAAGAAUGCAAAGGAAGAAAAAAAGAAAACAUGCCUUACACGUAUGACUAUGGUCACCAACAUCCCACCCUAUAACAGGCGACUGUUCCACCCCUUUGGGAAGGGCAAAAAAUAUAGCAUAAAAGAAGGGCGGUCUUGGUGGCAAAAAGGGAGGGGGGAAAUAUCUCUGCUUGCUUGGGAUGGGUCCACAGCUUCUGCAUCUUCUCCUCUUUUUCUGAACGGCCACUUUUGGGUAAACCUUCUUCUUCUGCAAGAUAACUUGAAUGUUUAGAUGGAAUGUGAUACAUAUAGAAUCUGGGUUGAGCUGCUGUGUUCUCCCCCCACUUAUUUUCACUUUUGCCAGGUGUUUGAAAUUACAGGUUCUGUAUUUCUGGUGUUGAACACAAGCACAAGAUGAAGCUCAGGCUGCCAAAGUAGCGGCACCGAGAUAUGAUCAUCCACACAUGAAGAUCUUGGAACCCCAAUAGCUGCGGUGUUGGGAGUCCAACACGUUGGAGAACAGGUACUUAGCAAAAUUCCUCCCAGCUCCAGCUCCUGCAUAAAGACUCUUCAGGAAAGCUCUGAAUAACUGAAGGAAAAAGCUUGUUCUAGAAAUGGAGGAACUGCGGAAUUUUGGAAGCUUUCAAAAUUAAUGACUGAUCAUAUGCCUUAGAACAUUUCCUUUUCCAGACAGUGAGCUCAGAUGCUGCAUAGUGCAGUCCUGCCUUGAGGAGCCAGAGUUGGUGUUGUUCAAAGGAGAGGCUGGCACAAAGUAGAAUUAACGCAGUUCUCUGGUGCUUCCUUCCCCUUAUGGAUUGGUAGUCAUACCAACACACCAACCAGCAUAAAUCAACCGUACCUCCGGGUAUAGUGGACUUGUACUUCUACUUUUAUCGUGCGACAACACCGAGGGCGAGCAGCUCCCGUUCCUCAUCUGUCCCCUGCCCGCCACUAUCGCCAGCAUGGCCACGGGGGCAGAGUGGAGCUGCCCCAUCUGCCGCGAAGCCUCGGCCAACAUCGCCUAUGUGGGCUCCUGCCUGCACCAGUUCUGCCGGGGCUGCAUCGUGCGCUGGGCCAGGAAGAACCCGUCGUGCCCGCUGUGCAGGCAGACCGUGCGCAUCAUCCUCUACCCGCUGCCGCCCAACCAGGGCUGCCUGCAGAUAGCUGUGUCGGAGCUCUCGGCGUCGCGGAGCGCCAGCCCCGAGGAGGAGCCGGACGCCGCGGGGCCGGAGCCCCGGCCUCACGUGGCGGGGUUCCCCCCCGAGACCUGGGCAUUCUUCUUCAGGAACCACACCGAGAUCCUGCGGCCGCUGCAGAUGUGGCUGGCCGAGGUGCUGUGCGGCUCCUGCUGGUGGGACGUGGCCUUCGCGCAGGGCAGGAUCGUGGCCAGCCUGUGCCGCUACGGGCUGCGCGAGGAUGCGCUGGCGCGGGAGCUGCAGCCGCUGCUGCGGGGGCAGACGGCCGCCUUCGUCGGGCGCCUCAUCGAGGUGGCCGCCGAGCGCUGCAGCGCGCUGGCGCGGCGCCGCACGGACACGGGUCCCCAGCAGGCCGGCCCCGGUGCUGUCGCCCUCCCGAGCACCAGCGGGGCGCAGGAGGAGAGCCUUGAGGGGCCGGGGCAGGCCGGGGCCGGGACCUCGGGCGCCGGGCAGAGCGGUGGCUGCGGCCCCGGGGCGUCCUGGCAGUCCAGGAGGCGCAGAGGCGGCGGCGCGCAGGACUCCGGAGCCCGCAAGAAGGCGCACCGCCGGCAGAACUAGAGUGCUGUGGCGGCACCGGGAGAAACAGAUCGGGACAGCAGCGGGAAUCUUUCUUUAGCUCAAAGUAAAGAAAUUUUGUAAAGAAGCCAAACCAAAGCAAAACGAAAUAACCAAAAACCCAAAGAAGAAUGUAAAAACCGCGUGAAAAGCCUUAGUCUCUCACUUGCAUGUGGUAUUGCCAGCGCUGUCACCCACCUGCCUUUUCUUCCUCCCGGUGCUGUGCACACCUUUCCCCUGGUGUGUCCUGCAACUCCGACGUUGUCUGCUGUAGCUUGAAGCCCCAAUCCAUCUGUCAGAUGGAUUUGUCAGAUGUGUAUUUGUCAGUUUCUUCAAGAGAUUGUAUUAUUACUGUCUAAAGUCUUACAUCAAGUGUGUGUCUCAGUUUAUUAGCAAAUUGAUGGAAUUCUGGACAAACAGAAUUCUACGGAAUUCUGGACAAAUAUAAUUCUCCGUUGUACUGCUAUUUUAGUUUAGUUUCAGCUAUGUUUGAUGAUAGUUUUUGUGAUCGUGAUCAAGACAUUUAAAUGUGUAUUAAAAUUUAGGUUUGUUUCCUUUUAAAAAAUUUACAUGAAUUCUUUGUGUAGACAUUCUCUGAGUGUGAAGAAUUAAUUCCUUCUAUCAAGACAUUUACAUAUUGCUAAUAUUCCAGCAAGAGGUCUUUAAUGUUUUCCUUACCUAAAGUAGAAGACUCUGUGACACAUGCUUGAAGUUGAGAUUUUAUUCAAUAAAACAGCAAUAAUUCUGAGGAAAAAAAAAAAAAGUUGUGAGCCUUGAUUUCUUGGUUUGCCUGUAUGUGAAAAGAUCAAAGCAAAGCUGUUCCUCUCUGUCUUUUUUCCCUGAAGCACUGCACCUCUGUGCUGCUCCCAGCUUUCAGCAGCUGUAACUUGUAUGUGCUAGCCUCAGUCUGCUCCAAUCAGAGACAAAAUUCCCAAUUCCUCGCUCUGGAGGACUGCACCCACAGUUAGUGAAAUCAUUCUCUUCAACAAAACUAAGAAGUCACAGAAGUGUU